UCCAAAAUUGAGAAAGAUAGAUCACUUGACAGGACGAAGCAGCAAAACCGUAUAAAUAUAGCCGUAUGUGGUGUGAUACGAGUAUUUGCUGUUUCCCUUCUCCGGUAUUUUCCUACCCAGAGGCAAAGGUGCGUUUGAUCCAAAACACCAAACCAGGAGCCGCUAUUUCUGUUUCUCUCUUCUCUCUUACUACCUCACUGGCUUGGUGUCCGUACGCUCGGUGUGCCACGAGUGACGCGGCCUCCUCCUGAUGAUAUCUCACUAGGAAGAGACCAACAAGGAAGAUCAGAAAAUCGCACAAACGAUCAGAGUUUAUUCGGGAAGGUGGGGAAAAUAUAUUUAACGAAGACUUGGAAAAAAAUGCAAAAGAUCCUUCUUUGGGCGGCUAUUGAUUUCCCAUUUGCUUCUUCUCAUCAUCUCAUGCCAUUUCUCUUAUAGAUCUCCACCCGUUUUAAACCCUCUGCUUCAGUUGUCUCUCUCUUCUUCCUGCACUGGAACAAAGCUUCAUCUUGGCAUGGAGGUUUGAGUUUCUCACACAAAAGGGAAGCUUCAGGCCUUCUUCUGGACUGCGGUAGCUUGACAAUGGUGGGUCGGGAUUGAUAUCUUGGGAUUACAAUUUUUCUGUUUAGUUUUGCACCUGGUGAAAUGGGUAGCUCGGGAGAGUCCAACACUAAUGGAAUCGAUGCGUCGGUGGGUGGCUUGGUUUGGGUCCGGCGCCGAAAUGGGUCUUGGUGGCCUGGCAGGAUAAUGGGUGUCGAUGAACUGUCUGAGGGUUGCUUGGUUUCGCCGAGAUCGGGUACUCCAGUUAAGCUGUUGGGUCGCGACGACGCAAGCGUGGAUUGGUAUAAUCUUGAAAAAUCAAAGCGUGUUAAAGCUUUCCGUUGUGGAGAAUAUGAUGAGUGCAUUGAGAAGGCAAAGGCUGCUGCUGCUAAUUCGAAUAAGAAAACUGUGAAGUAUGCUCGGAGGGAAGAUGCUAUUCUCCAUGCUCUUGAGAUAGAGAGCUCUCGCCUUGGUAAAGAACCAUUAAAAUUUUACUCAAGAGCAGACAAAUCGGCUAGGGAACAUGGUGAUUCGGCUGGAGCUUCACCAGUCACAUCUAAUUCCGGGGAUGACAAUGAGGAUGUGACUGAUGAUUUAAGUGAUUCUGAAGACAAUUCUAAUUCAGCUCCAGAGUUAUCUCAAUCUGGUAUAUCUUUUGAAGAGCCCAAUCACAACGGUUCCUCCAAGAUGCAAUCUGUUCAGGGAAGAAGAAGAACCCCUAAUGAUUCAGAAGAUGAUGGAACAGGAGUAAAGCGAAUGAGGGGACUUGAGGACCUUGGUAUUGGUGUAGCCUCAAAAAGAAAGGUCCAGGGAGCAGGGACAACUGUUGUUCAGCAAGAUAGUGCUUCUCCUAGCAACUUGCACACAGGAAAUUGCCUGGUCAAUGGAACUUCUGUGAAUGGGUUUAAGGGUAGUUCUUCAACUCUGAAAAGGAAGAGAUCGCAGGUGGCAAAUGUUCAUGAAUUCUUGAAAAGGAAAAACCGACGCCGGCCUUUGACAAAGGUUUUGGAGAGUACAGCCAUGGUAUCAGUUCCUGUUGUGUGUGAUCAGCUUCCUAGUUCAACCAAUUCUCCACUUUGUGGGAUAUCUGAUAGCAGAAUAUCAGGAUUAGAUUCCAGUGAGUCAAAGAAAAGCUCUCCGCAGGUAAUACAUAAUAUGAAUGGUACAAGAGUUGAAUGUGAGAAGGGGACUGCUUUAAAAGUUCAUGAGCAGGGUGACAAUGUCAAGGAGGGGGCUUCUGGUGUAUCAGAACUGAUCAGGAAUGAUUCUUCUGAUAAAUUAUUUGAUGUGCCAUUUGUUGGAGUUUUGGGGGAGGAAAAACAUACUCCAGGUUUCUCUCCCAUUCUUGGUUCUUGUUCAUCAGGAAAGCCUCAAGUUGCUAGGUUUGGACAACAAUCUUUUCAUGGUAGUCAAUCUGAUUCACGAUCGUUGCAAGAGGAUGGCCAGCACGAAUCUGAUCCUACUAGCCCCAAUGCUCACAAUACUAUUGGCCAUAGAGUUGAAAAAAGUAGUUCAAAGUGGCAGUCAAAAAGAAAGAGGAACUCUAGACAUAGAAGUAAACAUAGAAAGCAAGGCUCAAGAAAAUUUGUGGACAUGGAUAAUGAACCCACUGCUUAUUUGGGAGGUCUUGAGAAGCCAGAUGGGUUUUCUCGGGUUGCUGGUUCUAAAGCUGAAUUAAAUGUCUCAAGUGUACCUGCUGCUUCAUACAAUUGCGCCUCUCAGGCUAAGUGCAAACCAGUUGCUGAAAGUCAUGUUGAUGCAUUUCAUGACAUGAGCAAGCAUACAAGGGGGAUAACAACUGGGGCGAAGUUGAUUCCUGAUGGAUCACUCAUGACUCAAAGAUCACUUCCUUAUCGCCAAUCCCGCUUUACUGUCAAUUCAAGAUAUCAAACAGUGGAUUUCCCUGGUAGAAAUUAUUUUUCUGAUGCUUCAUUAUAUGAAGUUAAAAUUGAGGUUAAAGCCAGUUAUAGGCCACAACAUGUACCUCUGGUUUCUCUCAUGAGUAAACUGAAUGGUAAAGCGAUUGUUGGGCACCCUCUUACAGUCGAGACUUUCGGUGAUGGUCAGUGUGAUGAAUUACUGUAUGGCAUCAGAUGUGUCUCUGGAGUUGGUGACAUUUAUUGUGCUGCUAAGCCAAACACAGUGACAGGAAUAAUUCAUCCCAAGAAUUCUCCUCGUUUUUCACCUGGAAAAUCUUCCAGAUCGAAAAAAUCCGGGCUGUUGUCCAAAAAGAUCAGGAAAUUGUCAUCACUAACCGGUCACAGGCAAUCUGAUGAGGAUCGAAAACCUUUGGUGGAUAAGCCAAGGGGUCCUGUUAUAGCAUGUAUACCCCUGAAAGUGGUUUUUAGUAGGAUAAAUGAGGCAGUGAAUGGUCAAGCCCGGUCAACACACCGUGUGUUACCAACAUCCAACCCUUGAUUUGACUCGAGUGUGGAAAGAGGUUGCAGAGAAUGGAUUGUAUGGAGAACUGGUUCCAUUCGUAAUUAGAGAAAUUUUCUACUUAUUUUAACAAUGCACAGUUUGCAGCAGCACUUAACUCUGCCAUGAAGGUGAAAUCUUUUGUACAAUUUGAGGAUAUUUCCGUGUAGACCUGAUAGGGUUUAAAUCAUCUGAGGCUUCUUUUGGCAAUGUAUAUAAUGUAACAUUAGCUGAGGUGUAAAGAUGAUCAAGUAUUAGGUAUUGGUGACCUGAUAUUAGGUUCUCUUUUUAGUUUUAGCUGUUCAGGAAGCUCAAAUAACUUUGACAAUUCAUAUUGUACUCGGAUCCUAAACUUUAUCACUUCAAAUUUUACAACUGAAAUGAACUUGUGGGAGCUUCUGGAUCA